UUUGGUAGCCAUUUCAUUCCGGGAAUUGCAUAGUGUUCAUUCACUCGAAGUGCAGCGUCAACACUGGUGGAAAAAUUGGGUGGUAAUAAUACUCCGCCCUCAACCCAAUGGAAGCAACCGUCAACCCACUUCUCGACAGCUCUCUGGUUGGGUUGUCCAGUGGCAUGAUGGACCAGCAUACCAGCUCGGGUAAACGCAUUCGCAAGCCAUCCCUGUUGUACGAGGACUUUGAGAGUCCUUCUCUACCACACACAAUGCCCCAAGCACCCCCAGCCCCUCCACAGCCCCCUGUGAAGGAUCCCAGCCGGCAAGGCCGCAUGACCAACCAACUGCAGUACCUCCAGAAAACCUUGAUGAAGUGUCUCUGGAGGCACCACUUUGCCUGGCCUUUCCAUGAACCUGUGGAUGCCUAUAGGCUUAACCUACCGGAUUAUCAUAAAAUUAUUAAACAACCCAUGGACAUGGGAACCAUAAAGAAACGUUUGGAAAACAGCUUCUAUCGCAGCGCAAGUGAGUGCAUACAGGACUUCAACACGAUGUUCACCAACUGCUACAUCUACAACAAGCCCACAGAUGACAUCGUGCUGAUGGCCCAGUCUUUAGAGAAGAUAUUUCUCCAGAAGGUGGCCCAAAUGCCCCAAGAGGAAGUUGAGCUUCCUCCACCAGCUCCACGCAGCAAAAACGGCAGAGGAAGAGGCCGCAAAUCCAGCACAUCGCGGGCUCAACAGGUGCCGGCAGUGUCCCAGUCAGCCUACUCGCCCUCUUCUUCAGACACAGGGGAGUCCAUGCUGGCUAACUCCCCCCAGACUGUUCUAACAAAAAGCCUGCCACCAGCCAACAUAAUGGGCCUGCCCCCCACACAGCCCACAACCAAGAAGAAAGGUGUAAAACGUAAAGCAGAUACCACCACCCCUUCCACCAUGGGGUUCACUGUUGGCAUGUCGGGAGCAGCACACAUGGUGGGCUUGGGCAAAGGAGGACAUGGUGGCCAAGUCCACGAUACCUCCAUGCACACAAUCUCCUCAAUGGGAGGUUUGAGCUUGGAGACCCCACCAGGGAUGGGUCUGGUCAGAAGCCCUGGAGGUCCUGUGCUCCUCCAGCCAAUGAUGGCCGGUACCGGACGCAGGGUGGGCAGCGGGCGCCCCAUCAAACCUCCCAAGAAGGACUUGCCUGAUGCUGUCCAGCCUCUGCCCUCCAAGAAAGGCAAACUAAGUCCCCAGUUGAGGUACUGCAGCGGGCUGCUAAAAGACAUGUUGUCGAAAAAACACGCUGCAUACGCCUGGCCUUUCUACACACCCGUGGACGCCACUGCACUUGGACUUCAUGACUAUCAUGAUAUCAUCAAGUGUCCCAUGGAUCUCAGCACCAUAAAGAGGAAGAUGGACUGUCGUGAGUAUAGAGAUGCUCAGCAGUUUGCCAGUGACGUCAGACUGAUGUUCUCCAACUGCUACAAGUACAAUCCCCCUGAUCAUGAUGUAGUUGGGAUGGCUCGGAAACUUCAAGAUGUGUUUGAGUUCCGGUUUGCCAAGAUGCCAGAUGAACCACACAUGGAACACACAGCCAUGCCCAUAAGUGGACAUCCAACAUCAUCCUCCUCCUCCUCUUCCUCUUCCUCCUCCUCUUCAUCUUCCACCUCGGAGAGCGAACCCAGCAGUGAAAGUGAGGAGAGCGAGAGCAGCCCCAGCUCAGACAGCGAGGAAGAGCGAGCCCAUCGCUUGGCUGAGUUACAGGACCAGGUGUGCACACAACUACGAGCUGUGCACGAGCAGCUCGCUGCCCUCUCCCAAGGCCCCAUCAUCAAGCCCAAGAAGAAGAAAGAGAAGAAGGACAAAAAGGAGAAGAAGAAAAAGAAGAAGCUAGAGAAGCACAGCCGAAGUGGCAGAAGCAGAGCGGGCUCUGAGGAAUGGAAGAUGCCGGGGAAGAUGCUGAAGAGCAAGUCUGCCAAAGCAGGAGGCUCUCAGCCAAAGAAAGGACAAGGGAAGAAGAGCAACAAGAACAGCAAGACCCCAAAAAAGCCUUUCUACCCCCAGGUGGCCACCUCCAUGCUUCCUCACUAUGACUCCGAGGAAGAGGAAGAGAUUGUCCCCAUGACAUAUGACGAGAAGCGCCAGCUUAGCCUUGACAUUAACAAGUUACCCGGUGAGAAGCUGGGCCGUGUGGUCCACAUCAUCCAGUCCAGGGAGCCCUCACUGAGAGACACCAAUCCCGAGGAGAUCGAGAUAGACUUUGAAACGCUGAAGCCGUCCACUCUGAAAGAGCUGGAACGUUACGUCAUGACAUGUCUGAGGAAGAAGCCCCGUAAGCCUUAUGGUGAACAAGCAGCAAAGAAAGGCAGCAUUGGCAUGUCUAAAGAGGAGCUGACUUUAGAGAAGAGGAGGGAGCUGGAGAAGAGGCUGCAGGAUGUCAGUGGACAGCUCAAUUCAGUCAAGAAACCCACCAAACCUAAAGUGGAGAAACCCAGCGCUGUGGAGACUCAAGCCCAGCCCUCACGCCUCAGUGGCAGCAGCUCCAGCUCAGACUCCUCUUCCUCUUCCUCCUCCUCAUCCUCCUUGGACACCAGUGAUUCAGACUCCAGUUGAGAUGUUGAGCUGAAGCCUAAAAGGCUGAAACGCUACAAACUCAGGGACUUGGGCUGGCCCAGGACACAUCACACCCUGAAAGAUGGACCACAGCAAAAUAAUAAUAAUAAUAAAUAACGAAUGUGGGACUAAGGGACGUAGAACGUCGUUUUUGUGGAUAUUCGUAGAACCCAAACACUAAAUGCCUUGGUUUUCCCUUCCCUCCUUUUGUAAAUACCUGUACAAAUGUAUGUUUCUUUUAUAAAGAAGAUUUUUAUGGUGAUCCCUAAAGAGGGAGGCAGAGUACUAAAAAAGAAAGACGUGGAAAGAUAGGCCUUACUCCAGAUCUGCUCUGAUUAAUAGAAGUCUUGUUUUUUUUUUUUCCCCCUCUUCACCCACUUUUCCUCAGACAUGAAUGGAAUUUGAACCAGCGAUGUUUUAAUCACAAGCCUUGCUUUUUCUAAAAUCUGGUCAUUUUAGAUUGUUUGAUUUUAGAUUAACCCGAUAUUUGUUAAUGAAAAAAAUAUUUAGGGAAACAUACAAAACAAUAUUGGUCUGGGAUUUCAGCCUUUGAGUGAUGAUUAAAAUCUACUGAAUGCUGUUUUCUAUAUUCGGUCAACAUUUCAGGUUGGUAACAGUUUGAGUUUUGAUCACCUCCGUUAUGUUUACACAACUUGUACUUCUCUGCGUGACUGUGACGUUUAUGCUGCAGCCUGUUGUUAAGCCUGUACAGUAGCUCUUGAAAACAUGCUGGGAUUAUAGUACAGUAUAGAAUAAGUUUAACAUACUGUAAUUAGCUAAGAGGUUACAUAUACGUUCAGUUUGGACUGAUUUGUAGUGGCUGCAAAGUUCUAAUAAAACCCCAAUUUAAGACUGAUUUGUCUUUCAGACAUGACUGAUUGGAAAAACUCUGCAGUAUUUCUAAAUCUUUUUUCUACCUAAAAUCCCUAAAUACGCUGCCGCUCACGUUCUUCAUUACAAACACGGGCUGCUGAGGGGUAACGAUGUUAUCCCCUGUAGUUCCUUUAACAUCUGAGGUCUUGCAUUGCCAUUUCUCCACUUAUUCACACACCUGAAUACUUGGCAAAGGUUUCUUUGGAGAACUCUCGUCAUUGCAGCACUUACUGGAACAACUGAUGUAGACUGAACCUGAAAAUACAAGUUUACCUUCAGACGGUGAAGUCCUCAUAGUCUAAGUAGUUGAAGCCGUUGUUGAAUGUUCAGUAAAAGAUAUUCUUGUACAUAUUUAAACUGUAUUUGCUGUUGCACAAAAUUAUUGUAUUCUGCUGUUCAGUCUCUUUUCUGCAAUUAUGUUUCUGUUUUUUAAAAUUUUCUUUACAUGUUAGGUCAUUCCAGUUUUAUGUGUUAGGAGUUUACCGCAGCAUUGUUGCCUCUGGAUAAGCUGGUUGCUUCCUCUCAGAGGAAACUUUUCCUUUGACAUCAGUGUUUAUUAAAAUAACUUCUGUAGGAUAAA